CACCUUAAACAUAGUUGGUCCUGCUUUUUUCUCAUCACUCACCUAUCCACACACACACACUAGCAAUAAGUCCACAACCAAAGCUUCAUCAUAUGGAUUCAGUCAAAGUAAUAUCCACAACUACAAUCAAAGCACCAAUUCACAACUCAACAACUUGUGAUUCUCAUCAAAUAAUCAACUUAACACCAUGGGAUCUUCAAUUCCUCCCACUUGGUACCAUCCAAAAAGGCCUUCUUUUCCACCAACCAAUUCCAAUCCCAAACCAAAUCAACCACCUCAAACAUACCCUUUCCACCACUCUCUCUUUUUUCCCACCCUUAACUGGCCGUCUCAUAAUCACCACCACCACCACCACCACCACCACACCCAACAAUACUUCAUGUUCCAUCAUUUGUAACAACCUUGGUGUUCUCUUUAUUCACGCCAAAGCAAACAACACAUCCGUAACCGACAUUCUUCAACCGAACAACAUUCCUCCAAUUGUUCACUCAUUUUUCCCACUUAACGGCGUUAAAAACUACCAAGCCACUUCAGAGCCAAUUCUAGCUAUCCAAUUAACAGAGUUAACUAACGGUAUCUUCAUUGGUUUCACUCUUAACCACGUUGUUUCUGACGGUAAAUCGUUUUGGCAUUUCGUUAAUUCUUGGUCACAAAUCUCAAAAGAUUCUCACAAAUUACCCAAACUACCCUCACUUCAACGUUGGUUCCCAAACAACAUUCAAACUCCAAUACUCUUCCCUUUCACUAUAACAGAAUCAGAAUCACAAGAUCAACGGUCGAAACUUCCCGAAAGGAUCUUCCAUUUUACGAAAGCAAAACUAGAAGAACUGAAAUCAAAAGCUAAUGAAGAAAUCAAAACAGAGAAAACUAAAAUAUCUUCGCUUCAAGCGCUAUUAUCUCACGUUUGGCGUUCGAUUAUUCGAUGCAAAAAACUCGAUCCACAAGAAGAUUUUCGGUAUGUGUUGAUAAUAGGAGUUAGACCAAGGAUGAAUCCGCCACUCAACGAGGAUUAUUUUGGAAAUGCUGCAAUGAUUGGUGAUGUGAGGAUGAAAGUAGGGGAAAUUCUGGAAUGUGGAAUUGGAAAAGUUGCUUUGGAGAUGAAUAAGAUGAUUUUGUUACAUUCUGAUGAGAAAAUUAAGAAUGAUUAUGAGUGUUGGUUGAGAAUGCCGAGGUUGUUUUCGAUUAGUGGUUUGACGAGUUGUAAUUCGUUGGGGACGAGUAGUUCUCCGAGGUUUGAUGUUUAUGGUAAUGAUUUUGGUUGGGGGAAGCCUGUCGCGGUUCGAAGUGGGGGUGCGAAUAAAAGUAAUGGGAAGAUUACUUUGUUUGCUGGGGUUGAUGAAGGUAGUAUUGAUGUUGAAGUUUGUCUUUCUUAUGAGAUUUUGGAGGCUUUGGGAAAUGACAAUGAGUUUGUGGUUCCAAUUUCUGAGUAAUGUGACUGGUAAUUUCGUUAUUUAUUACUAUCUUAUUUAAAUUAAUUUCUUGUGCUAAGAUAGUUCUAAUGAUGUAAGUUUUUUAAUUUAUGUAUUGAUGUAUGAACUUGUUUAGGAUAUGCUUAGGUGAACUAAGUUUAUGCAUAUGUAACUUUCCUGAUUCAAUUAUUUGGUUAUUAUUUGUUGGCAUAUUGGUUUGUGUGUAUCAGAACAUUGGAUAGCUUAAACUUGAACAACCAAAUGAUUGUUAAGUUGUACUAGCAAGCUGCUUCAUUAUUGUUGUAGUACUAGUUAGGCUGAGCAUAGAUUUGUAACCCGACUCGAAACCGACAUAAUGUAAUUCAAUAGAAAAGGUAAUGUAUAUCAGUAAUGGUAGUAAAUAAAAAAGUUAUAUUGAAUCCUCA